GCUUCAGAAUGCGUGAUGUCAUCAGAAAAGAAGACAGCUGGUGAGAACAACAGUUUGGCAGACGACUUACAUGGCGUACGUAUUGUUGCUCAAUCAAAUAGACCAAUUAAACUUGUUAAGCAAACUGGAGUAGACGAAGAAGAUGUGGAAGAAUGCAGUGGGAACUUCAAAUCAAAUAAUGAAGAAGAUAAGGAAGCCACAACUCUGGAUGUUCAGCAAACGGAUAACAGCAGCAUUCAGGAGACAGUUUUGAUGCCACAGCAUCGUAUCAGCCUGAAUGUAACUGUAUCAACGAAACCCAAAGUACUUGUUCGCAGCCAUGCAUUUUCGGGUGAUGAUGAUUCUGGCGUCUCUGCCAGGCAUACUCCAACAUCACGUUUUCUUGCUUCACGUUCCACUUUUUCUUCUGGUUCAUUUGAUUCUGGCCAUGGUCACGAUUACACAGAUUCAACUGGGAUUAAUUUGCUUUCAUUUAUUACUUGCACACUUCACAAGAAUUCAAAAGAUCGACAUAUGUUAUUACAGCUUGAACAGCAUAUGACAAAGCUUAUUAAAGAUUCAACACGCAAUUCUCAAAAAUUCCCAGCUAUGAGCUCAUACAAUCGUAUGCUGGUACAUCGAGUAGCUGCUUUUUUCGGUUUAGAUCAUAAUGUUGAUCAGAAUGGUACUGCUGUUGUCGUGAAUAAAACAUCGCAUACCAGACUGCCUGAUAUCGAUUUUUUGUCGUUGAUACAAAGUGAUAUGUACACUGAUGAGCCUCGUCGAUUUCUUAGAAGGGAUGCUCAGAGCUAUGAAGAAGUUAGACAAUCUUUGGGCCCAGGGUUGAUUUUUGGGCGUCGAGCACGUUCCUUUGAAGUGGGUGACUGCUUAUCAGGUGAUCCAACAACUGUUACUGUUGGUUGUGCUCUUCCAGCUACCGCAUCCCUUCACAUGCAUUUAUUGCAUCAAAAAGGAUCAACUUCUUCUACUGAUGCCAGCAGCACUCAUGUCCUUGAAUCACCUGGAAGCUGUUAUUCCUACGGUGACAUUCCCAUCAUGGGUGUCUAUUCAGCAUCAGAAGGCAGCCCAUCAUUGAGCAAUACCACACAUAUGUUCCCAUGGAGCAGCUCGGGAAGCUAUACAAGCUUGUCGGCAGAUUAUUCCUCGAGUUUAAUCUCUCCUAUUAUGCAUAAUCAUCCCCGACCUUCAAUAUUAGCGAGAGAAGUAAACAUCGAUACAAGCACACCACCGCAUAGAACUCUCAGCACUCAUUCUUCAUUUCCGGAACAUCGUACGCCUGUAAACAGGCAUAUUAAUUCAGAUUGGUAUCGGCAAGAAGCAAUUCAUUCGAGAGAAAAUUCAGUACUUGAAAAUCUUCCUGAGAAUGUAUAUUUUGCCGAUGAAUGUGGUAUGGAAAUCGUUGCCUCGCAGCAACAAACACAGCCUGUGUAUGCAGCUCCUCCUGCUCCUGCUGAUUUCAUUUCAAAUCAGUAUAUCGUUAAUGCUGUGCCAGAGCAAACAAUGUAUGCUUUUGUUCCACCGUAUCUCCGGUGUGCUGCACCGACUUUAUCAAUCCAAAAAUUAACACAGCAGAUGGAAUCCUUGUGCACAACAGACUAUCCAGAAGUAGUUCCAGCUUCUCCACAGUCUUAUCUAGUUUCACAUCCACCAGUACAGACCAUAUAUCCACAACAGUUCGUGGUUUCAUCUGAAAUUAGCACCGUAUAUUCGCCGCAGCCUUAUUUUCUACCAGUUUUGCAGAGAAAUUAUGUUCCGAAUGUAGCAAGUGUACAAAGCACUUAUCCCGUUUCAUUUACGCAGUACCCUAUUUCAAGCGAUGGAUAUAGCAAUAUACAAGGGAGUCUUAUGGAUGCAGUUAGAAUUGCGAAAAGUGGACCCAUGUUUGAAGGUUCCACCAUAGUAACAGAAAACGAAAAUGUUUCAAACUGACUCAUGUUUCCCAAUUUGUAGAAGUUUUGUUACUGAAUGGUUUCUUAUUUUUCUUUAUUAAUUUUGGUUAUGUAUAUGAGGUUUCUCUUCUGUCUGUCAGAAGAAUUUAUUAUUCAGCAUUUGAAUUAUUCAUUAUUCAGCACCUGACAAAUCUAAUCGUUAAUAAUCUUGUGUACAUGAGCUGUGAGGAAUCAGUUUCAAGAGAACAUGUGAAUAUCGCUAUAAAGCCAACUGGUAAUGUACAAAUGUACAGAUUCAGUAAAUCUUUAGUUUUCAUCAUAUAUAUUACUUUCUUGCUGCCCUUUAACUGUCAUCAUUAUUUUUUUAAAUUACUUGUUAUAUUGUUCUUUUACUUACAAUAGCUGUGCGAACUACUGUUUUUCUUUUCUGUGUUGAGAACAUCCAUAUUUUCUUGCGAGUGCUCUCUCAUGGUAAGUUUUGUUUCUUGUUUCAUUAUCUAUCCUCUAAUUAAGGGAAUUUACGACCUUACUGCUGAACUUUGCAGUACUCGAAUUUUG